AAAUAUUAACUGCCUUUCCCACUACAUCACUCCCAAUACAGUAAACACAGUAGUAGGACUUGUUUUAGUUUAUUCAAUCAUUAACAUGUCUUCCAAAAACGAUUUUUCUGGCAAAGUGGCGCUAGUUACAGGAGGAGGCAGUGGCAUAGGCCGUGCAGUGUGCCAAGUCCUCGCCCGAGAUGGUGCCAGGGUCAGCGUCUGCGACAUCAACCUCAAGUCGGCUGAAGAAACCGUGGAGUCAAUGAAGAACCCCGGCGAUCACCUGGCGCUGUGCAUGGACGUCGCGAAGAAGGAGCAAGUGCAUGACGGGCUAAGAGUCACGCAGGAGAAGAUGAAAGCCACGCCCACUUUGCUCGUGAACUGCGCUGGCAUCGGUCGCCCCGCCCCCUUCCUCGAGAUGACCGAGGAGAACUUCAUGCAAGUGAUCAAUGUUAAUCUUAAGGGCACUUUCCUCGUGAGCCAAGCCGUCUGCAAAGCCAUGCUGGAGCGCGGCGAAGCCAAGGGCGGGGCCGUGGUCAACAUCGCCAGCAUCACGGGCAAGACGGGCUUGGCGAAUAACGGCCAGUAUGCGGCCAGCAAAGGGGGUGUUAUGGCUUUCUCGAAGACCUGCGCGAAGGAACUGGCCAAAACAGGCAUAAGGGUGAACUGCCUUAUGCCUGGACCCAUAAGGACGCCCAUGUUAGCGUUUCCUCAACAAGUCAUCGACGAAUUCCUGAAGAGGAACCCCUUGGGGCGGAUGGGCGAACCCGAAGAGGUAGCUGAGAUGGCUGCGUUCCUGUUGUCGGAAAAGAGCAGUUAUCUGUUGGGCUCCUGCGUUGAAGUGACAGGAGGACAUGACAUGUAAACAACAUUGCGAGACGAACCACAAGGAGAGUUGGAAUAUGUACAAGAAAGGAAAACGAAAUGGAGAAGAAGAGAGAAGAAAUAUUACGAAAAUGAAGAGAAUUUAUAAAGAAUAUAUAAAAGUCGAACUAGAUAGAUAUGUAAUUAGAAAAAUAGGUCAAAGAGAAAAUUAAGGUGAAAAAGAACGAAUCACCGUAAGAAAGAUAUAAAGAUAUAUGAAAAAAAUCCGUGAAUCAC